AUGUCCAAAAGGAAGCAGAAGACCUCCAACCCGGAGGUUGAAGAAUGCAUGCUGUGUCGCCGAGCAGAUGUUCACCCGGACGCCUGCGGGCCCAUGCUUGGCGAGAGCGGGCUUUGCGUCCACAAGUUUUGCUUGUUUUUUGCUGACGGCCUUUACGAACACACUGCCGGACAGAGGGCGGUUCUGCAGAUCCCCCUUGAUGCCAUCAGAUGCGCAAUCGAGGAGGCAGAGCAGAAGCACUGCUUCGUUUGUGGAGACAAGGGGGCCUCCAUCCACUGCGCAGAGACAGGCUGUGAACGCAGCUUUCAUCUGCCCUGUGCCACGGAUGGGGAAUGUGUCACGCAGUUCUUUGGGCAGCACAGGUCCUUCUGCUGUGAGCACCGCCCUCAGCAGGCCGUGGAGGCAGCUCCAGAGCAAGACACAAACUGCGUCAUCUGCCUGGAGCCCGUGGGGGACAAAAAGUCCUACCACACCAUGGUGUGCCCGGUGUGCACACAGGCCUGGUUUCACCGGAGCUGCAUCCAGGUAGGAGCCCUCCCUGCCCUUGCUCUGCAGUCAGCAGGUGCUCAGCUGCACCAGGCCCCGCUCACACUCUGGCUGCUUGUGUUACCGCUGCAGGGACAGGCCAUGAGUGCUGGCAUUCUGCACUUCCGAUGUCCCGUCUGCAAAGACAGGAUGCAAUUCCGGAAAGAAAUGCAUCUCCUCGGGAUCCAAAUCCCAGCCAGAAGACCAACAUGGGAGGACAAGGAGAGCUAUGAAACUCUGCACAAGAAACACCAGCGCUGUGAUGUCGGCGAGUGCCUUCACACAGAAGGCAGGGAGCAAGCAGAGAAACACGGGCCCUGGGAGCUGCUCCUGUGCACCUCGUGUGCUGCGCAAGGCACCCACCGGCUCUGCUCUAAUUUGAGCAACAGCCUGAGCAGCUGGGAGUGUGACAGCUGUGCUGGCGUGGGCACAGCCUCCAGAGCCGAGUCGCAGCUUGCUGGUCCCAGCACUGCCAGCCAGGAGGCGCCGGGACCAUCUCAUAGCUCCCCAGCACCUGAUGACCGCAGAUCUGCCUCUACCAGCCAGGCAGCAUUGGAGUCAUCUCCGAGUUCCCAGCUGCCUAAGCGCAGCAGCCUGUCCAGCCAGCCCAAGACAGGACAGAGGAAAAUCCUGAGACGUAAAUCCAACCAAGAAGAUCAAGGGAGCAGCCAGCAGCAAGUGGGCUCAGAAGACCAGCUGGCAGCAGACGCUCUCCAGCCUCAGGCAUUGGGAGGAGCAUACACAUCUCUGCCAGGCAGGGGGCAUCCAACAAUUCCCCGAGGGCUGCAAACAUCAGAUGCCCAAGCCAGGGACAAAGCCUGUCCUCCCUACAAGGUCCGGCAUCAAAUCCCUCGAGCCAGCCCCAAGGACGCCGUGGCAGCAGAAUUAGCCCGGCCCAAGGUGCUGGGAGCAGCACCCAGAGCUCUGCCGGACAGGUGGCGCCGAGGUCCUCCAGGCAUUCCCAGCUGCCUGAACGCAGAAGACGUUGCAGUGUUCUGCAGCGAGGGCAGAACCAAGAUCGAAGCCGUUCCCCACGGGAUCGUCGGCCUUCCAAUUCCCAAAGACAGUCGGGAGGAAGCCUCAGCCCCCGUUCCAGGCAGCAGCGGCCAUCUCAGGCACGAUGCCCCUCCCGGGACCAGCCCUGAAGAUCCUGCAGGAGCAGCCAUGGACCAGAGGGAAGAAAAGGAAGCGUUAAUGUCUUACGAGCUGGUCUGGCACGGCCCUGUGACUAUAGAGGCAACGGACUCGUGGGCCCCAGGAGAAGCAUACGGAGAUUGCAGACGGGUCUACAAAAACUACAAAGCAGCGGCAACCAUCUGA